AAGCCAUGCAGUUCUACUAACUCGCUGUUGUUGGUCGUUCCGAUCCAUCUCUCAAGCUUCACGUCUGACAGGUGCUCUAUGCCUCUGCAGAAAGUCUUCCACUCUGUCUUCAAGUCUUCAGGUAACUCUGUGUCCCAUGAUAAUUCUCUUGACCAGGUCUUCUGUAGAAAUAUUUUCGCCAUGGCUACAGAUGGUGCUAGCCAACCCAUUGGAUCAAACAGGGAAGCGAUGACUGUUAAGACGUUUCUCUUUGUUACUCGCUGCUCAGAUAAAGUGUUGAUUUUGUUUGUUACUAAGAGGGUAUCUUCGUUUGAGUUCCAAGCUAUAAUAUCUCACAAUGGUAAUGCUGCGAUGACGUCCGAGCUGACGAUGGAGUCGAAGGGCACCCAGAUCCACUUGCCGCUGGUCGGGCGCGGCAGCCGCGGCGAGCUGGGCGACAAGGUGACCUUUAGCCAGGUCAAGAGCCCGCCGUUCGCGGAGCAGCUCAACAAUGGACAAGUGCUGGGAGGCUCACAAAUCAACCUAUGCAAUGGAGGCGCUGGCACAGCCGCCAUGACGGGCCUCGUCCGCAAGAUCCCCAACGGUUACGAUCAGAAGAAGCCAAUGGCGUCCCUCACACAUCUGCCCAAACGGCCCCCCGUCGACAUCGAGUUCUCCGACCUCUCCUACUCUGUCAGCGAGGGUCGGCAGCGGGGCUACAAGGCUCUGCUGAAGUGCAUCAAUGGAACCUUCAGGUCUGGAGAGCUGACAGCGAUCAUGGGGCCUUCUGGUGCGGGGAAGAGCACGCUUAUGAACAUUUUAGCAGGUUACAAAACUUCGAACGUCAGCGGAUCGGUGCUCAUCAAUGGCAAGGAGCGAAACCUGAGGCGGUUUAGGAAACUGUCUUGCUAUAUUAUGCAGGACGACUGUCUUUUACCUCACCUGACAGUGAAAGAGGCCAUGCAUGUAUCAGCGAAUUUGAAGUUAGGGAAGGACAUGUCUGUGCAAGCAAAGAAAAUAGUGAUCAACGAGAUAAUAGAAACGUUAGGGCUUGUCGAUGCAAGUGAUACACGGACGAUUAAUCUAUCGGGCGGGCAGCGCAAGCGUCUAUCCAUAGCUUUAGAGUUAGUGAACAAUCCCCCUGUGAUGUUCUUCGACGAGCCGACCUCUGGGUUGGAUAGCUCCUCGUGUUUCCAAUGCAUAUCGCUGCUGAAGAGCCUGGCGCGGGGCGGACGGACGAUCAUCUGCACUAUCCACCAGCCGUCGGCGCGGCUGUUCGAGAUGUUCGACUUCCUAUACACGCUGGCGGAGGGCCAGUGCAUCUACCAGGGCAAGGUCAAGGACCUGGUGCCAUUCCUGUCGAACAUGGGCCUCAACUGCCCGAGCUACCACAAUCCCGCUGACUACGUGAUGGAGGUAGCGACCGGCGAGCACGGCGACUGGGUGCACAAGCUGGUGAUGGCGGUGAACAAGGGCAACUGCGGCCGCGUGCAGCCGUCCGCCGCGCCGCAGAACUCCAACUACAACAACCAGGCCAAGAACAACGUCAAGUCGCUGGAGGUGGUGAUGGACAAGCCAACCUGCACAGUAAUAGAUAUGUCAGGCCCAACACCAAAUCCAGAGAAGCAGAACGCCCUUCCGAAUUCCACCAACCUAGCCCCCGUUACGUGCACCACCUCCCUCCUGGACUCCAGCGAGAGCUUCACCAAGAAACCUAUCAAAACCGGCUUCCCAACUUCCGGCUUCAAGCAAUUCUGGAUCUUGUUGAAGAGGACUUUUAGAAGCAUUCUUAGAGAUCAAAUGCUGACGCAUUUAAGGCUAUGUUCGCAUACGGUUGUCGGGUUGCUGAUCGGGUUCUUGUAUUACGAUAUAGGGUCGGACGCGGCGAAGGUUAUGAGCAACGCUGGAUGCAUAUUCUUCACUGUUAUGUUCACGAUGUUUACGGCUAUGAUGCCUACAAUCCUUACAUUCCCAACGGAAAUGAGUGUAUUUGUGAGAGAGCAUUUAAAUUACUGGUACUCUUUAAAAGCAUUCUACUUCGCAAAAACGCUAGCGGACUUACCCUUCCAGAUAGUGUUUAGCGGCGUAUACGUAAUAAUAGUUUACUUCAUGACCGGGCAACCGAUGCAAACGGACCGGGUGUUGAUGUUCACCACCAUCAACAUCCUCACGGCGCUGGUGGCGCAGUCGCUGGGGCUGCUCAUCGGCGCCGCCAUGAAGAUCGAGACCGGCGUCUACCUCGGACCCGUCACCACCAUCCCCGUCGUCUUGUUCUCAGGGUUCUUCGUGAACUUCAAAGCUAUCCCCAGCUAUCUGCAGUGGAUAACAUACUUAAGCUACGUCAGGUACGGCUUCGAAGGGGCCAUGCUGUCCGUGUACGGCUUCGGGCGGGAGAAGCUCCACUGCUCGGAGGUGUACUGCCACUUCAGGAAGCCGGACACCUUCCUCAAGGAGAUGACGAUGGACAAAGCCAACUUCUGGGUAGACGUAGGAGCGCUUAUAGCGUUUUUCGUAUUCAUCAGACUCGUUUCGUACUUAGUGCUAAGGUUCAAACUGAAGAUGAUGCAGUAGGCACAAAUUUAGGUUUUUCUAAGGUACGAUCACUUUUCCAUUAACAGAUUUUGGAAUUUCAAAAUGUACAUUUUCAUUAGGUUACGCUAUAUUUAGACGCUUUGUCUAUUAUGGGCAACCUGCGGAUGUACUGGUCGAUUCACCAAAGCUGACGUGAACUGAUCGAAAUGGGCGUUUUAUAUGACAAAAUAAAUAUGUCUUGAUAGUAUUCACGAUAGGAUUGGUGAAUGUUGCUUGGUCGAGGUUGACCAUAGAUGGUAGGAUCCUAUAGAUCUGCUAUACAGGUGCGCCCGUGAGGGACAGAAUAUACGCAAUGCGACAAAAUGAUUGGUCGAGUUUAUUUGUUACCCGCCAUAAACCAUACUAAAUUUACGGUGGGGAAUAAAAAAAAUCUGAAACUGUGACAAUUACAAACAAUAAUAGCGCUUUCUUUGCUACUCCUGAAAGAUACAUAAGACUAUCCCGUUCGGUCAUUUCCCCCACCCCUCAUGACUGAUCCUGUUAUACUAGAUUCAUGAGGUUGACCAAGCAUAUAAUAAAAGCCUUAAACAAACGUUUGAAUGGAGUAGUUCUUUGUUUGCGCAAUUGCGGCCUAUUUGACUUAAUCCAAUCAUAAUGUACAAUUCGAUAUGAGAGCGGUUCCCAACUCGAAUUAUCAAACUUAAUAAUAUUAAUAAAUUGACAUCAAUCGUAUCGAAAUAGGAAAACGUUAUAAUUAGAAUGUAUUUAAUGAAAAGUUUAGCAUAGUUAUCUAGUUGUCGACUCAGCCUUUAAAAGUAAUAUUAAGGCACGCAUGUUCCAAUAGUUUUAAGUAUGCGGAACUACCAUGAGUUCGUAUGAAAGAUGUAAAAUAAUUGAAAAAGAGUGGAAGGAAACUAUAUUCCAUAUUUAAUUUCCGCUCAAAUCGUUGUUCAUUUCAUAGUCUCGCUCAAGCAGUUUAAAUAUGACUAUGACUUUGUCUAUUUCGAUGUGAUAAUUCUAUUUAUAUAAAAAUAGAAUAGACCUGAAAAUCAAAGGGCUAGUUUUUAAUGCUAAAAUGUGGCCCUGUUCUUUAAAAUGGUAACAAAGAAACAGUUCCAUAUUACUAUUAACUAAAUUAGAAUAUGAAUUGCGAUUUGAUUAUAACUGGCGUCAUACAGCUCAUGGCAAGUUCUCAGAUCGACUGUAGUUAGUUAGUUAGUUAGGUACAGUUAGAAGAAAAGUUAAUGUUUCCGUCAACGUUUUACGAUCGGUCAUUAAAAACAAGAAUAGAUAAUAACUCAUUAUUAUCAUUUUUCUAUAGACAUCUAAAGGGGCCCACUGACUCAGUCCGCCGGACGAUAUCGGCCUGCCAGUUAAAACAAAAAUUUUACAGUUCCGAACAACUGACAGGCCGAUAUCGUCCGGCGGACUGAUAGUCAGUGGGGCCCCUUAAGCAAAAUAACAUAUACUUUAGGUUUUAUGUAAGAAAGUUCCUCGGCUUAAAUAUUUAGAACCCAGUCAUUAACCAAUUAGGUCCCGUAAACUUAGGUCACUAGUCCACAACUUACAUUUUUAAUCAAAUCCCACAAUAAGCUUUAUAAGGCUUGUGUUGUGGGUACUUACACAAUGAAUACCCCGUUUUUGUAAGAUUAGAAUUUUUCUAACCUCAAAAGUAGUGGUAAUUAACUUUUUCUUGCGAAAUUCUAGGGUUCCUAUGAUAUCUAAUAUUGCGGUACAAUAAUAUGUAAACGACACUAUUCAGUGCAUAGUAACUCAAAUUUAAUUUUGAAGGAAAAAAGAAUACUUUUGAGGUUAUAAAAUUUCUAAACUAAAAAAGGGGUAUACCUAUACAAUAAUAUUUAAUAUAUAACUUUUUCUCAGAAACAAAUAUAGUAUUCGUGCUUAUCACACAAAUAAAUGCGUGCCACAGACAGGUAGUCAAAAAUGAUAAUGCUGGGAUUAUUCUUGAGAAAUCAACAAAUACACACAACAAGUACACAUUUUAAAGACGCGCACAGAGCAGCAGGCAUACAACAUACAUAGCAUUUAAUAUAGCAAGUUUUUAUUAAAUACAGACUAUUACAGACCGACCAGCGCUGGACUCUUAGUGCCAGUUGCAGCCACUUGUAAAAUGAUUAAAAUGAUUGAUGUGAUUGUUAGUGACCGAGCGUAAAAUAUUUUUUGAUAUUCGGCAGCAGCCGCCGGCUUGGCUUAGGUUAGGUUAGGAUAACGUUCAGUAGAUCGAAAUAUCUAGUUAAAACUUAGUUUGUUAUCUAGGGGUUAAGUAAGGUUAUUUAGACCAUCGGGCCCAUGACUUAAUCCUAAGUUCACAACGCAACCUUGCACUAAAGUUUUGUAAAUUAUGUGUAGAAAUUGAUCUAAUCAUCAAACAUUAUGUCGACCCUGAACGAAUUGUGGGUAUGUGAUACCUACUCAAUCAUUGUAUCCACGAUUUGUUUGAAAUAUCUAUAAUCAUCUUGUAUUGUUAAAGCUGGUUCCGGUGUCAGUUAGUUUGAUUUACGAUGAUAAGCUGAUGGACGAAUGACAAUUUCAUUUUGUCAUGUUAUUAGUUAUAAUUAUUCUAGUUCAAUUAAUUACCUACUUUAUUAUUAUUACCGUUUUUAUUUACCCUAUUACCCAACUGAACCAGACGAGCAUAAUCUUGUUACGCGAAUUUAAAAGGUACUUAUUAUAGGUACAUCGUUCAUCUGAUGAUCUCAAAUGAUUUCAACUUUGUUGACGAUGAUGUUGACAUGUUUACUUCAUCUUAUUCUGUAUUCAUAAAUGCGUUUAUAAAACUUAUCAAAGACAGAAAGCAAUAGAAAUAAAAGUUAUAUUAAUAAGCUAUAUUUGUGUUAUAGUGAAUGUUUGUAAAUAAGUUAGUCUUUACACUUCAGGUAAAAUUUAGCCUAACUCAAAGGCAAUGCGAAAAACGUCGCGAAAGAAAUCGCUCGAAGCGCUGGAAGUAUCAACUGCCAUAUGUUAUUUUCGAGGCCGAGGUAUAAGGCGAGUAAUUGAGCUGUUAGUGUAACGACAAACUCACGUGUUGUAAUAAUAUGUUUUUCACCACACUAGCAGACGAGGUUCUUUGAAAUUAUUAAAUGUAAAGAAUAUACGUGUAAUAAGUAUUUGUAAGUUGAGUUUAAGAAUGCAAAGAUGUAACCAGAUCGGGCGAAUACGCUGCAAGCGCGCCAGUAGCUUACCGUUCGCGCGCUGCGCUUCGUAUUGCAAUCCCAGUGGUGGAUUUGCCCUAAUGCCCAGUAAGCUAGGGCCUGGGCUAGUCUAUAUGAUGGGAGUUGAGAAAGGGGUGGCUAGUACUUACUACAGAGUAACAGGGCCUGGGGCCUAGAGCGGCCAACACUACAAAUCCGCCACUGUGCAAACCGCAUGCGGGCAGUUUGUUUUCUUUUCGCAAAUGGUUCGCCACUGGCGCGCUAGCAUGCGCCAGAUCUGAACGAACCCUUUAAAUGGUGCAUUACCGAAGAGCUUCAUAAUGAAAACGUGUGCUGAGAAAUUAUUCGAUUCCGCGAAGCAAAUUUUUUUUGAGGGAGCUUUUUGAUACCUACUAGUUUAAUUUAACACACGGUAGGUUACUACUACGUACUCAUUCAUAAUUAUGUCCUCUAUUAAAAUGGCCAUGUUAACAAGUGCCGUUAUAGUGAUCGUACGAAUACCAAUGCGACGUAAUCAUACGUAAGUUCUUGUUAAUUUGGCCGUUUUGGUGAUAUACUAGAUUAAACUAGAUUUAAAGUAUACCUUUCCACAGCGCUAACGGUUUUGGUAAAUCUCUAUGUCUAUCCUUAUAACCAGUAUUUAUUAAUUAUUAAACGACUGUGAUUUUUAUUAUA